AUGUUCGGACUCGGUGGCGCCCCUCAAGUUACUUCGCAACAGAAAAUCCAGGCCGCAGAGGCUGAAUUGGACAUGGUUACUGGAAUGUUCAACUCUCUCGUUGAGCAGUGCCAUGCCAAGUGUAUCAACCGUUCUUACGCCGAAGGUGAUGUGACCAAGCAAGAAGCUUUGUGCUUGGACAGAUGUGUGUCUAAGUACUUCGAGACCAACGUCCAGGUUGGCGAGAACAUGCAAAAGUUGGGUCAGUCUGGCUCCUUCAUGGGCAGACAGUAA